AUGGAGAAGUACGGCCAGUACAGGGAUAAAGGAUCUGGCAUUGCGCCUUUCUUCCCAAUCGCGCCGCCUGAUAGCAGUCCUCUCUUGGCCCCCUACCACCUUUUCCUCUUCUCUCUGCGAAUACCCUUCUUGAUAUUUGCCUGGGCAGUAUGGAUCUUCCUCAUCCAAUGGAUGCCUGCCGGAGGCGCUCUCCGCAAAGGCAAUUUAUGGUGCAUUCUGGGUAUCCCUGGGGUGUGGUGGGUUGACGUCCGUGUAGAUGGGGUGCAAAGAGGCUCUCUCGGAAAGGCCAUCCAGAAACUACCAGGUCCUGGAUCGAUCAUUGCCGCCUCUUACUCAUCACCUCUGGAUAUCCUGUACCUUGCAGCCAUAUUCGAUCCAAUAUUCACGCAAAGCUUUCCGAAAUCACGCAAGGUCAAGCAACUGUCACUGGAAAGGGCAGUGGCAUCAUGCUUCUGCUUUCCAGCACCUGAGGCUGACCUGGUCGAUCUCGCGGAGCUCUCGAAGGCCAACCCUAACCGGAUCAUCAUAGUGUUUCCCGAAACUACAACUAGCAAUGGAAGGGGUGUGCUUCGACUGUCGCCAUCGCUUCUCUCCGCAGCACGAGACACUCGUGUAACACCUAUCUCGUUAAAGUACACGCCUUCUGACGUGGUCACACCAAUUCCUGGGUGGAUCGAAGCGCCGAGAUUCUUGUGGAAAUUGUGUUCGAGGCAGACGCAUUGCAUUCGUGUACGGGUCGGCCAUGCCUUGACCUUAGCUGAAGCACAGAAAGCACAGGCUUCAGGCCUCGCCAGCAGGGAAGCACGAGGCCGGCAGCAGAAGAAUGGUUACGAUACUAACUUCUUCGAUAGCUUACAAUCGGAGGAGAACGGAAAGCUAUCUGGCUCGGGAGAGCCAACAGAGGCUGAACAGAGAGCAUUGGACCUGAUUGCUGAGGAGCUCUCUCGGCUUGGACGAGUAAAGACCCUCGGCUUAGGUCUGGAGGAAAAGAUUCAGUUUGUGAAUGCAUGGAAAGGAAACACGAAAUCCAAGAAGCGCAAAUGA